UGUCGAAAUUCCUUUCCUUCGCCCACAUCCAAAAUAGGUCCAAUUUUUAUUGAUCCAUCGUAGGCGGCUGUUGACUGAGGGUUGCCAACCCCUAGGUGCUGCAAAUUCCCCUGAACUUUGCGAUCAAUACGAUCAUAUGUUAUGUCCAGCUCACUCCGUCUGCAGGUGACAUCUUCAGACUUAAAACAUGUGAAGUUUUUAUAAAUCCUUUUAAGAGAAUAGUCAUCCUCCAGAGUCAAAGAUGUUGGAAGGAGCUGUAGCAAGAAUACUUAACCAGCUUUUGGGUAAAUAUGUGGUUGACCUGGACACUGAAAAUCUAAAUGUAGGCAUAUUUUCUGGACUGGUUCAGCUCACAGAUCUCAAGCUCAAACCUGAAGCCUUGUACGAUCUCAACCUGCCCAUAGAAGUAGUAGCAGGCACGAUAGGAAAACUGUCUAUGCAGAUACCAUGGACUACCAUAUGGGACACUACAACAAUCAUAAACAUCGAAGAUAUCUUCAUACUGGCAAAUCCGGUGAUCAAUGGGAACCCUUAUGAUGAGGAGAAGGAUAAAAGGUUGAAAAGGGCUCAGAAGAGGAAGGCUUUGGCAGAUUUGGACUCUGAAAGUCAUUUCAUUGGAGGUCCAUCUUCAUUUUCGGAGCAUUUAGUGUCGAAUAUUUUGAAUAACCUGCAACUGAAUAUUUCACGUAUUCAUAUUCGUUAUGAGGAUAAGGUUAGCUGCCAGUAUCCUUUAGCUGCAGGAAUAACCAUCUAUAAUAUAUCAGCAGAAACAACAAAUAGCAAAUGGAAGAGCGCACCAAACGAUAGCAAUAAAGAAAAAAAUUACUAUCUCGUAAAAAUCGAAUCAAUGUUAGUUUAUUGGGACCAGGACGUGAACAUAAAAAAAUGGGAUUUUCCUUCAGACUAUUACACCUGGAAGAACUUAAUGGUGUGCAGCGUCCAAAAUUACUCUUUCGUAAACGAAAACUUUGACUUCUUAUUAAGACCAACCAACUGCAAGUUCAAAAUAACGAUGGAUAAGUCAAAUACUGGCAACAUCCAGAAAAUACUGGGCGAUUUCAACAUCCAAGAUUUCCAUAUGCAGAUGCAUAAAAAGCAAUAUGACUCCAUCUGUUCCACUAUUGAUUCCUUGGGAAGGAUGUACUUGAGUUGGGAGUUCUUGGGCAUAAGGCCCAAAGAAAGAAUCAAGCAAAAUAGGAAAAUUUGGUGGAAGUAUGCCUAUUAUUGUGUUAUGGAGCAGAGGGUGAGGCCUUACAAGUGGAAGUCUAUCAAGAAAACUAGGAAUUAUUACAGGAACUACGUUGAGACUUAUAAGCAGAUCAUACAGAAUCCAAAUGAUACAGAGUUAAAGAUGGAUUUGCAGAAGCAUGAAGACCAGUUGUCCAUAAUCAAUGUAGUUAUUGCAAGGCAACAUUCUAGGCUUCUGAUGAAGUCAACAAGUAUUGGAGAGAAAAACUUCUGGUCAAUGUUACCUUCACCAGAACGUUUGAUUCUAUGCGAGAAAAUUGGAUUCUUCAACAAAUCACCAGAAGAUCGACCUGAAAUAGAUCACAAAAUCAACUUUCGAGUAGGAAACCUAUACUUCGCCCUCUUAGACGAAGAGAGAGAGGUAGCCAUCUUAACUGCUACACAGGCAAACCUUACGUGGAUUCCCAAUUUUACCGACAAUCUCUUCAAUUUCCAUUUCAAAGUAGAAGGUAUGGUAUUAGAGGGCAACUCUGAAGAUGGUAAACUGGUCACUCUGAUAUCCUCCGAGCAUUUGAGCACUAGUCCAGCGUAUUUCUUGCGUGUGGAUUUCACCAAACUGCCAGAAGAUUCUAAAGCUUCUUACAAACUAAAGGUCACCAUGGAUUCUGUGGAGAUGGUCUACAACGAGUAUUCGUUUGAGUAUCUUUGGGGGUAUUUGGAGAGUAGAUACUUUGGAGGUGUGACAGAUUUACCACGGUUAUUUUCUUCAGGUAGUAAAUUGUUAGAGGAUAAAUUAAGGAACAAAUGGGACUUAGAAUUCAACGUUAAAGUCCCUUUCCUUGUUAUACCAGACUCUGGAAAUAUUUUAGAUGCUGACAAUAUUCUGAUCAUCGACCUAGGCAAACAUCUGGUUCUGACUGAAGUCUGCCAGAAAACAGAGAUAGACGAAUGUGCAACACUAAUGGAACUGGAAGAACAGCUAUAUACAAAACUCACAAUAGAAUCUAGUGAUAUACAAGUACUUCUCUGUGAUAGUAGUGAUAAUUGGAGAGAUGCUAGAAACGAAAACGAUUCAGAUCUUCACAUAGUUCCUAAAUGUGGCUUCAGUGCAACGACGGCCUACUGCGUUCAAUCAUUAAAAUCAAUACCAAACUUCAAAUUUAGCGUGAAUUUCUCGAAUUUGAAACUGAAUAUAUCAGAAAGAAAGAUUGGAAUACUUUUGGGAUAUAUGAACUUUAAUGAGCCUCAAGAUGAUGCUAUACAAUCUACUUUGAGGAAGUUGGCAUGGGGUAAGAAGGAUCGUGUCACAGUUACCUACUCCAUCGACUACUUGAGUAAGGUCCAAAGGAAAGUAACCGUACAAGAAAAUGCAAUACAUAUUAGAAGACGAAGUAAAGCAGACAAGUGCAAUAAAGCUGCUCAAAAUGUCAGCAGGACAACUGGACAAGAUCGAACCAAAGAUCAGCACCAUGAAAGUUGGGCUAGAGUGGUAGACCUACCAGGUCUUGACGACAAUAUAUCUCCAAAUAACAACAUCCAAACGCUCUGUAGGUUCAUAAUCAAUGAGAUUUGUAUAGUUUUCUCAAAGUCUAGUGAUACUGUAGAUCGUCAGUAUCUUGUUCUGAGGGUCGGUUUGGUAACUAUGGACUUGGCUCUUAUGACUUAUGGACCAGCCUAUCAACUAUCCGUCAACACUAUUCUGCUGACUGAUAAAUUGCAUACAACUUCCAGUGGUCAGUAUUUGGACAUCCUGUAUAGUCCGCUACCUUCAAAUAUCGAUAUAUGCACAGUUCUGUACAGAAUGGUGUCAGCAGAUUGCCCAGACUUCUGGAGUCAUUUUCACGGUGUUGAAACCUCUCUGGUCGCAGAUUUUGGGAAUCUUAACUUGUUGUUGCAUCAAGAAUCGAUACAUACUCUAAUCAAAUACUCAAAAUACUUCAUUGACAAAAUAAGACCUCUAGUACCUUCCUCCUUCAAAUCUUCGAUAUUGGGUCUUGGCACAAGAAUAAAAAAUGUGGUGCAUAAGAAUACUAAUGUGCCAGUUCCUACAGGCUCCAUAAAAUUCUCGCAUUCUGCAAGACUGAUGGACUUCAACAUUAGGAUCUGUGAUUCGGAUUUUGAUAUUAUCAAUAUUACGUUGUCAGGUUUAGAAAUGGACUUUUUAUUCAGGGCCAAUGAACGUUUUGUGUUCAGAUCAUUCUUGAGUAAAAUCUUGGUCGAACAUCUUUCCGAAAUCACUCUUUAUAAUAAGAUAUUAUACACAGAAGAGGACAAGGUUUUCGAGUUGAAAUACGUGAGGCAUGCAUCAAAUUACAAGAAUAUGCACGAUAUAUCACCAGGUAGAGAUGAUACCUUCUCAGAUGGCAGUUUCAAAUUCCAUUUAGGACAACUACACUUUACAUUUUUGUACAAGCUUAUAGUCCAAGUACAGAGAUUUAUAGUGAAUUUGGAAGCUUUAAUCUACGUGAAUAAAGUACUAACUUUCCUCAAAAAAGCUGUAAGGCAUGCAACCGAAACAUUCCAAAAAAGCAGCAGAGUACACUUGUCGCUCAAUCUUUGUGGUCCUAUAUUUUUGUUUCCACAGAAAUCUUCUUCUCCUAAUGUCCUAGUCAUUGACACUGGUGAUUUUCACGUGGAAAACUUUUUCAAAGAAGGACUUAAUGACAUUGUAGAGAAUAUAUUAUUGAAAUGGGGCGAUAUCACUGUAUCUAGGGGUGUUAUGUCGUUAACAGCUACGCUACAAAUGCAAGAACCUCUUAUUGAACCUUUUCAACUCAACGUAGACAUCAAAAAGUUCACCAACGAGAAAACAAGACUGAAGUCUUGGGAGAUUGACGGUAUAAUUGAUAUUAUAGAAGUCACAUUGGGCCAGAAGGACUUAAAUACCAUUUUAUCGAUCUAUACAGAAAACAUAGGAGAAGGCAGAAUAAUUGAUAUGCUACCAGUUUCUACAGAGAUCGAAGAGAAUAUCCCAGAGAACGAUGACACGGUGAAAAAUUUGGAAGCCUUCUUCUGCGAGCCCAGACAAAGAAAUGUAGUAGCCAAAUUUGCCAUGGAUGGCUUAAAAUUAUCCCUAUUUUUCGAUUCUGGAGAACUGUUAAGUUCACCAGUGAGGGACCUGAAUCACGGUAUGUGCAAAUUCGAGAUAUGCGAUCUCAGUUUGUACUCCGUGUCUUACACUGAUGGCAGCUUGGAUGGUAAAUUGUCAGUGGAUGGUGUUACAAUUACUGAGAUUGGUCCAAAUUCUAACUCAUACGACAGGGGAAUUCUACAAUCCCCUAUCGACGAAAACAAGAACAAUAACUGCAAUAUAACCGUGAACAAACCUCCUAUUAUCGAUAUCACGUACCACCAGAACACAAACAAUGAUAAAUCCAUGGACAUAAUCGUAGGUAGAUUGGGCUUGAAUCUAUCCAUACCUUUCUGUGAGAAAUUAGCCAUGUUCAUCCUGGAAUGUCUACCAAGAGACGUCGAUAUAGGCUUUAUAAACCACGGUUAUGAAGCAGAACCUACAGUCGAAACUGAGGAAAAGAUACCACCAAGCAGAGGUCUCACCGUAUCCUUCAGACUUAACAAACCAGAACUGGUAUUUUUUGUGGAAUCGACUUCCAACACCAAAAGGUACUUUGUCACUAAAUGUGAAGUGUUAGCUGACUAUUCACGUCAUGCAAACCGUUUGAACUUCGCCAUAUCACUAUCUGGUCUUCACACUCUCUUCUAUGACCUUGGCAAUCAGUACUUAGAUCCCUAUGUUGUCCUAAGACACUGCGACAUAGAAAUCUGUAAGAAUUACUCGGAAGAUAAGGGCACGUCAAUCUCAGCCUCCAUUUCUUCCAUCUACAUUCAGAUUUGUAGUGCUGUUGUUCACUCCAUGAAUGAUAUCUUGAAUGACAUCUGCGAACACUUCAAAGUACCCUUGGAAGAGAUGAGCAACCUGAAGAUGAAGCGAGAAAAUUCAGUGAACGAAGAAAUCGAGGACCUUUGGGAACCAAAAAAACUGAACGAUUACGUUUUAAAGUACUCCGACUGCGCCGAGAUAUUCACAAAGAGAAGCAACACUCAUGAGGUGCUCAUAAUUCCAAGAUUCGAUAUCAUAGUCAUCUUUGAAAUGGAGGAAAUUCAAGCUUUGCUCAUCAAAUCCUCGAUUGAAGCUACAGUGUACAACUGGUCGGAGAUUUUGAAUAGCACUUGCGAGGUGACUUUGCAAGCCAACUAUUUCAACGAGAAAUUACAGUGUUGGGAACCACUGAUCGACCCAGUGGUCAUCGAUGAAGGUGAGUAUAAGCCUUGGGAAAUAUUGAUCAAAGUUUUCCAAGAUAAAGCUUUGCCGAUGUUGAACAAUGAGGAGGUUAAGAAGAAAAAGAAAAGGGUUCCCAAACUUAAGGCAUCAUGUACAACAACUGAAGACGAGGAUUCUGGCGAUGAUAUGAUGUUCUUGGAGCCCAUCAACAACUUCCCAACCAGGAACAACAGGAGGGUUAAAAACAGUCUUUCUACAUUUCUGGAUGAUUCUGAUUCCGAAAAUGAAGAAGGGACCAUGGAGAAGCUGGCAGCAGCCAUUUCAGACUUGUUCACAGGUGAUUGGAAUGAAAAUGAAGAUAGCGAAAUCGAACCAUCAAGCGAAAGUGAAGACUCUGAUGAAGAAAUAAAAUCUCCAGAGCCUGAAGAAGACUACAACUACAAAAAAGCUCUAUACUUCCUCUUAGAUUCGAAAGAAGUUCUCAACAUCACCUUGACUCCAACUGUUUUGAAACUGUUGAAAGACAUGUUCACUCUCUAUUCUACGAAAACUCUUUCGAUUAUCAACGAUAGGAGUGCAAUAAAUUUAGUGAAUGAUAUUGGACCAAAAUCUCGUGUUGAAUUAUACGAAAAAUGCUCCUCAGAUGGGAAGGAAGAGGAAGAUAUUUUGAUUUGCGUGAAGACUUUCGAAAAUCUUGAUUCAGUGCCAAAUAGUCCUUUAAAGAAUAACUUUUCGCAAUAUUUAAACGAUAUCAAUAAUGACAAAGAUAGCAAUUCGUCAGAACAGCAGUACGAGAGUGUUUAUGAUUUUCGAACCAUCUCCACUUUACAAUUUCCUCAAGAAACUACCAGUGAUCUCUAUGAAAGAAUAAAUAAACACUAUCUCAAAAUAUACGUACCAAACUUCCUUCACCUCCAAACGAAUUGCUCCAAAAGCAACUGGACAAAGCUGCUCAAACUGCAACCCGAAGUUCCAAUGAACCAGGAGUUUUACUUAGUGGCCAAGCACACUAUGGGCAAAAAUGGUAGGAACCUGAUGGUCGGCUCACCUUUAAAUAUUAAGAAUGAGACCUGCUAUGCUAUCAAUAUUCUAUAUCAACCAUCUAUCUUGCAACAGUUGAACUUGGAGCCUGUUGGGGAUAUGACGAAUCCUUUCGAAACCACAAUGAGAAUCGCCAUUUUGGAACCUCAUGAAGAAUUCAAUGUACCUUUGUUCAUAGCUUGUUAUUGUAAGCUAUUCAUUCAACCUGCAUAUGCUGAGGGUAACUACGAAUCUUCGGCAAUAUGGUGGAAAGAUUUAACAUCAGAAUUAGACUCCCCGUUCAAUCUUGUCUGUAAGAAGAAAGAUUCAGACAAAUCUGAAAUUUUUGCCUUGAGGAUAUCGAUGAGAAAAAACUUGCACUUUCAAAAAUCGAAUAUACCACAACUACCAAACUAUAUUAUUUCUCUCCUACCACCUUUGGUCAUCACCAACUACCUCCCAUAUACCAUUACCAUAACCACUGAUAUUUUAAAGCAGAAUAUAAAGAUUGAACCAGGAGAGAGAAGUAGUCUGUACAACUUGGAUAUUUCAAAUGAUCAGAAACUUCACGUAACGGUGAAGUGUGGUACAGAAAUAUGGAUUGGAUUCUUCACUUUAACAACCCAUUUGGACGAGAAGUUCUUUGUCUUAUCGUCUUCAACGUCAGGAAGCAACAAAUUACUUGCUCUAAAUGUUAGAGCAGAAAGAGAAAAAAGCUGUCAGAUAUUCAUAUAUACCUCCUAUUGGAUUGUUAACAAGACUGGUCUACCAUUGAAGAUGAAGGCUUCUGCAAGCAGUACCAUAAUGGAAAGCACUUCCAACGACAUACUCCUCUUCACAUACAAAAGACAUGGAAGACAAACUUUGAGUAUAAAAGUCUACGAUUCAAAUUGGUCCAAUGAGUUUGGUUUAGAAUGUGCUGGUACUACUGGUUUGGUUGUUUGUAAAGACAAUGAGAGGAAGAAAAAGUACCUCUUCUUUCUUACUAUAAGCUUAAGUAAAAUGUGCCCAAGGCUUACAAAGGUUGUGACAUUGCUUCCUAGUUUUCUUAUUCGAAACGAAACUACAAAGCAUUUGAGAAUAAUGGAGGAAAAUGAAAAAACUGACCUCUGGAAUGAUAUAGCUCCCCAGCAAACUAUAACCUUUUGGCCAGAAACAUCAUCAAUGCAGAUGUAUGUGAAAUACCGCCAAAGCAAAGUUAUUUCUCAAGCAUUUUUCAUAUCCACCGCCCACAAAACAGUACUAAGAAUGGAUAAAGGUGGUGCAAUAACAGUUGAAGUUACAGGGGGAGUAACAGAUUCUUUCAAAAUAAUAUUUUACGAUUUUACACCUGGUGAUGCCCCUGUUCUAGUACAAAACUACUGCUCAGAUCUAUUCCUAAAGAUUCAACAAAAAGAGCAGAGCCAAGUAACUCUGUUGAGCCCUUAUCAUUCCCUUCUAUAUACUUGGGAUGAUCCAACGAGGUUGAGGCAAUUAGUGUGGAAUGUUUACAACAACAAAGGUAAUGGGUUUCCUUUGGACAUAUUCAAAGAUGGGUUUGGGGAGGAGAGAAUAAGGUUUCAUAGCGUAACACCCUCAACAACAACCACCGUAUCGUCUAGCGAAGACUCUGACAGUUCCGACAGCGUCAGAACAACGCUAAACAAGAAAAUCCGAAGAAACAAAGUAGUAAUUUACUGGCUUUGUUUCCGAAACGGUUAUCAAAGAACACUUUUGUUCACACAAGAAUUCAGGAUUUAUAAUCACGUCCUGAAGACUGUUUUUCAGGAGAAAUGCAACAUGGAAAUGCUUUUGUCUAUGUCCUCCUUUGGCCUCUCGAUGUUUACCUCGGAAAAUUCAAGAAAGGAAAAGGUGUACUUGGCUUUAUCAGACAUGCCAGCUGUAUGGGAGGUCAAUGUAGGGCACAGAUGGAAAACCUUGACACUAGAACUAGCUUCUUGGAUCGAGGACAAGUACAAACUGCAGUACAAAAAAUGUCAACUAAAAGACUAUAUUCACAUCGAUUUCGAGAAGAUGUUUAUGUUGAAACCGUUUUUCGCUGAAUUGAGAAGAACUUACAACCCAGCUGUUUAUUUUCAUAUGAGGAGAGGAAACAGGGAACAAUAUUACAAUUUAAAAUUGCACGCUUUACAAAUGGACAAUAAAGAAAGCAACUCUAUAGUUUUGCAACCGAUGCCUAGUUUAGGAUUAAAUAGUUAUGAUCCAUUUUUGGACCUAACUGUUUCUAAGACUGUUACGAAGAAUUGCGGUAUAUAUAGAUAUGUUAAAGUAGCUAUUGGAGAUUUUUAUCUAAACGUUGAAAGUGAUCUACUUACUGAACUCAAUCGUCUCAUCAGUUACGGAAGAAAAUUUUCGGAAGACGAUGAGCACACCUACGCUAAUGAUAUGGCUCUCAUUCAUCUACCAGUAGAUAGUUUUAAAGCAAACAGAUCGAACCAAUACACAAUUGUCGAGAAUUUCCAGUUGAAUGGUUUCAAUAUAAGAUUGAACAUUAUCAACAGAAGUCAAAUAGGAGUGGUGAACAGCAAUAUCAACUUCAACAAAUUCUUGAACUUCCUUUUUCCAUUGAAUAUUUCGCCUUACAUGCCACAAGAAGGAGUUCAUCACAAGAUUUCCUCCAUAGAAGAAUUCAACAUUAUCGACUCAUUCUGGAAUGUUCUUGGCAAUAUUUUUCAAAAAACAAUGACGCAGUUCCUACAACAAUAUUAUUCUCACGUAUUGGGAUUACAAGUGUUAGUUAACACCUUUGCAAUUCAGUCGUUCGCAGCUAUAGCAAACACCCCUUGCGAUCCGGCUCUAAUGGCUUCUAUACUGUAUCAAGGAUCCAGAUGUCUACUGGGACAUGUCAACAUGUCCCCAGCUGCUUUGGAACAAAGCAUCAUCGACAUCUUCGCCAAUCAAAGUGUAGAAUACAUACAGAGGAUUCGAAGACAUGGGUCUUACCAAAAAUCUGAUGUUAUACCAAGAAGCAUAACUUCUCCUUGUAGAAAUUUCCACUCAGGAGUUCCGAUAGCCCUAAAUCAAUUGAUUGUAAGAGGCCAAGGUGCUGGGGUCAAUAAUGAUGGGGAAAUGUUCUUCCGUACAACUGGUAAGGUUCUGUUGUCACUUGUAACAAGACAUCCUGAUGACAAGACAGACUGUGUGGAGCUGGCAAGAGAAGCACUGAAGAGAGCCUCUAUUCUUGGGGAACCAAUAAGGAUUCAUCAACGUCUCAUCAGAUACAGAAAUAGAAAUAUUGGAUUAAGGCCAAUGUCGACAUAUGAAUCCCUGGGUCAGUAUCUUUUGGAAACAGUGGGCAAUUCGAGAUUCAGUAAUGACAGCUAUUGGGCCCAUGGAGCUAUAGACAAAAUUGGGAAGUCGAUAUUACUCAUUUCCUUGCAACAUCUCGUAAAAAUCAACAAAUGCCGAAUAUGGGGGCCUUGGGAAGUAGAAUGGACCAUAGAACUGGACGAUAUAGUGAGCAUGCCUCAAGCAGUGAAUGCUGAAAUGAUUUUAACACUAAGACCGAACAAGCACAGGGUUUCUGAGGAAUUGAAAAUACAUGGUGAUAAAGAUGCACUUGCUUGGCUGAGAGAAAAAAUUGAACAAGCUAUAAUAGUCAGUAUGGAAGAUAAAUCUUGGUCUGUUACUGACAAAUAAUAAUAGAUAAAUUGGUUGUAUUAGUAAGAAUAUGAUAUAUAUUUUAUGUGAUGCGAAUGUUAUUGAAUUAAAUACUCGAAUUCUUGUAGAAUUA